UGGUCUCAUAGUUGCACUACAGUCUACAUGACUGGGGAAGUCGAGUCAAAAUCGUUCCAUAUUUCACUGUCCUGUGACUCCUGUCUGUCCACCAACAAAUCUGUCCUAUCCUACUAUCUAUCUACACCCCAUCAAAUCCUGUUUCUCCAGACCGACAUCAAAAUCCCACGCUCCAAGCCCGCCUUCUUCAACCCAAGACAGUUCAAAAAAGCACCAAAAGGCAAAAGCAAAAAUGGGCGGGACAAGAAACAUCUUCAGCCGCAACCGCGACGACACAAUCGAAGCCGUCACGCUCCUCUGGCGCGCCUUCUGCGACCCCAACCCGAAAAAGUCGCUCAAGAAAUACCUCGCCAAGGACGCCAUCCUCGUCCAGCCCGACGGCUCCAUCUACUCCCCGGACUCCGACCCCUCGCUGGACGACUUCCUUGAGGACUUCGAGCCCUGGACCGCCUACCGCAUGGACCAGGACCAGGACGACCUCAAGUUCGUCGAGGUCGACAUGAUGUCCAGCUCGCUCACCUACCACGUCACCGCCUGGAAGCAGGACGGCGAGGCCAAGGACCGCAUGAGGCCUACUGAGGCCAUUUGCACCAGCAUCUGGCGCCAGGGGCCCGGGGGGGAUUGGGUGUGCUGUCUUCAUCACAUGGCGCCGGUGUGAUUGAUGUGCGUUACGUGGGCAGUCGGGAGGCAAGAGAAACGAGCGAGUAUAGCUUUGAUGUCAUAGGAAAUUGGUCACGAAUGUGUUGGGAGGGGUCAUAAGACGUUGGCGUCUCGGUGCGCUGGCUAAGCAAUGGGUGUACUUCGUAGGGGAAGCAAAGUACGCGCGAUGUCAUGCCACUGAGCAUGCCUCAGUAAUGUAAUGCCGUGUCAUGAACAAAUAUGGUCGAUCAAGACCUGGUGUUUGAUCUGCAGUCAAGUAUCACAGACACUGUUCCCGCAUCGACAUCAGUCGGACGGGAUAGUGCGAUGACCGCGAUAGGGUAGAGGCCGGAUCAGGAGUAUAACACAAGUCCACCACGAAGAACAUUGACGAAAGGAAUACUAUGAGACGCAACAUUGGGAGAAUAUUCAGAGGC